GAACGCUUUGGAAGCUCUGCUUUGCCGGCGAAAACGUGAUCAUCAUGGGUUGUGGUUGCUUCUCGAUGCCUCUCGAGAAUCAGCACGACGAACUCAAGAACGACGGAUUCAGCGACUGGCCUUUCAUAGAGUUCUUCCUCUCCGAUCUCACGAAGGCGACCAAGAACUUUAGUGCCAACGAGAUCAUAUCAGAGAACAGAGAAGAAUCUUCCAAUGUUGUCUACAAAGGUCUUUUAUCAGAGAUUCUUGACUUCGUCGCUAUCAAGAGAUUCAAGAAUUCAGAGUGGUCUGAUCAUGAAGAAUUUGCGGAAGACGCAAAAGCAGUUGGUGAACUAAAGCACAAGAGACUCGUCAAUUUGAUUGGUUAUUGUUGCGAUGAAGAUGAAAGGCUUCUUGUUGCAGAGUUCAUGCCGAAUGAUAAUCUCGCUACGCGUUUAUUCAAUCAAUCAAUUAACAAGUUUUUAGCAUUCUCUGUUUUGAAUCCGAACUUGUUAGCAUUCACAGAGAAAAAUCAAACCAUGGAAUGGUCAAUGCGGUUGCGAGUAGGGUAUUGUAUAGCCGAAGCAUUGGAAUAUUGCAACAGUGCAGGUUUUGCAUCGUAUAAUAACUUAAGUGCUUACUCGGUUCUGUUUGAUAAGGAUGGUGAUCCCUGUCUUUCUAGUUUUGGCUUGAUAAAGGCGAUCAAUUAUGAUCGAAGUCAGAGAACAAGAGGAAUUGUGAACCCUAAAAGUGUGACGUAUAGAUUUGGUACUAUCCUUGUGAAUCUGCUAACUGGAAAGCAAGUUCCUCCAAGCCAUGCUCCUGAGAUGAUAAACGGAAAGUGUGUUACUGAGCUUAUGGAUCCAAAUCUGAAGGGAAAGUUCUCUGCAGAAGAAGCUUUCGUAGUUUACAAACUCGCCUCUCAAUGUUUGCAGUGCGAAAAUAGAAAAAGUCUCAUCACAAAAGAGCUUGUUGCAACACUUAAAGCCUUGCAAACUAAAACACAAGUAAGCAGGCUUUUACUGUAACUGUAAUUACAUUCUUGAUGAUUCCUCGCAUUCGUGUUAUACAUAAAACCGAUCUUUUUGC